AUGCAUUUCUCCAUUCUGAUGCGACUGUUUUGCUUCGGUCUUUUUUGUGUCUCUAUCAGAGCCCUUCCCCCAAAGGAUGUGUCGUUGCAAGUCCGGAACCCACCUGGUAUGAAAAAUGCAGAAACACUUAAUAUGCUUGGCCGAGCCCUUCAUUCAGCCAGAGCGGACUCGAACGAUGGGGUUUACUCUAUGAAUAAAACCUCUCUUGACAAAGGCUGGUCGGGCGCAACUCUAUUUCAGUAUAGCGAUAGCUCUAUUGAGGUCAAAUGCUUGACUUGUUAUGUUAAAGGAGUGGUGAGCGGUGCUCUGACCAUCUCUGGAGACUUUAACUUAACUGAGACAUUGGAUGGCUUCAAAGAUGAGGUCACAAAUAUCACGGGAAGGGUCGUUGAUCAAAUUGAAGAAUAUGCUGAAGACGUUUGGGACGAUCUGAGUGAUGAAAGUUUCAAAAUAAAGGCUUUCCCAACGAUUGACUUCGAUUUGAAUCUUCAAAAUCUUCCCAAAAUUCCAGAGGCUCAUGUUCAUUUUGAUUUCGAUGACUUGGAACUAUAUCUGGACCUUGAUAUAAUUCUGAAUACAGGGGCCACGUAUAGUCUGAAUCUUUUUACAUCGGAGACUCCUGCAGGGUUUUCCGUUCCUGGGCUCACCGCUGGUGCAGUGUUCAGUGUCGAUCUUAUUUUAAUCGCGGAAGCUCAAGUUGACAUCGGAAGUGGAAUCCAUAUUAAACUUGAUGAUGCUCUCAGCUUUGACCUGGAACUUUUCAGCAGCAAUCUCUCGAGUAUGACGCUAUUCAACAGUCCAUCGGGAUCCUAUGAAUUUCUGCCUGUCACGAUAGAAGGCCAAGGAUCUAUCCAGGCGAUCUUGAGUCUCAAGACAAGUGUCGGGUUUGAAUUUGCGUCUCAUGAUUUGAGAGUGCUGCCAAGCUACAGUGCAGGUGUUAGUGCCGAGAUUUUCGCCUAUGUUGCGGAUUUCCUGAUGAGUGUACAAGGCUCAUCAGAGGGAAAUGAAGAUGAUUGCGAGCUUGCAGCGCUUGCAGAAUAUACUGUUGCAGUUGGAGCAGCAGCCGGUGCUACCGUCGCAGUUGACGCCUACUCCUGGGGCCCAUCACCAAACACAACCGUUCCUCUCUGGUAUACCACGCUCGCCAGCACAUGUGCAGAGAAAAAAAUCGACUACAGAAGCAUCACAGAUUACAGAUCGCGCUCAGAUUCAAAAUCGAAAUAA